CUUAGUUUAGCACUUAAAGCAAUAACAUCAAAGUAAUUUUCUCUUUACAAGUCUUCCAUUUACGUAAAAUUAAACUUAAAUUUAAAAACAAAUCAAAAUGGCAACAAAAUAUGAAGAAUCAAAAACUUAUCAAUAUCGUAAAGUAAUGAAACCACUUUUGGAGCGUAAACGUCGUGCUCGCAUCAACAAGUGUCUCGAUGAUCUUAAGGAUUUAAUCGGUGAAUGUAUGCAGCAGCAGUGUGGUGAUCCCAGUGUUAAGUUGGAAAAGGCUGAUAUUUUAGAAUUGACUGUACAACAUUUACGCAAGCUAAAGACACAAAAACAAAACUCUACACAGGACAACACAAAGUCACAGCACAGUUUCCGCUCAGGUUACAUACAAGCAGCAAACGAGGUAUCACGUUGUUUGGCGUCAUUACCCAAGGUCGAUGUUGCCUUCGGCACUCAACUUAUGACUCAUUUGGGUUUACGUCUUAAUCAAUUGGAAUCAGCAGAAGAAGCACACACUGCCAUUAACACACCAUUGAGUAUCAAUUGUGGUGGCGCUUCAGCACAUAUCGCUUCAACUGCAAUGUACAGUCCAGUCUCAAGCGGAUAUGCCAGUGACAGUGAAAAUUCCCGUUGUUCGCCUGCACUUUCAAGUAAAAGCUUCAGUUCUAUUUGUAAUCAAGGGCUUUUGCAAAUUAAUAAACAAGUCUGGAGACCUUGGUAAAAAAUAUUUAAAGACUGAAAUCAGAUAAAAGGAGAGCGUGUUCAAGACUUUCAAAUUGCACUUUAUGGGUCUCAAUAUUUAAUUAUUCAAUUAGU